AUGGUCACUCGUCGAGACCCGGUUGUCACCACCUCCGCCUGGGCGUUGUUAUACGUUACUGCUUGGCACGAGGUACCAACUACAUCCCUUGCGUACCGUUAUACCAGCAUGCCUGGGACAAUUGGGGAUCCUUUGAAACAAGAUGAUGGCGGAAAAUCGCAACAAUGCAGGUUUCCCAGCACUCCACCUAGAUACACAGACACGGCCGGUGUCGAUCCGGCCAUGCGAAUGAUGAUGAUCAUCAUCAGCUCAUUAACGGCGUAG